AUGAAGAUGGCAAUAAAACCGCCUGUACACCUGGCAUUAUCAACCGACGACUCGCACGACAAUCUACUCCGUCACCAACAGCGUAAAUCGCAAUUAUCUCAAUAUGUGAAAUCCAUUCAGGAGUUUCAGUCCACUCAAACUACCAUCGAUUCAUACCAGGUAGAGAUGGCAUCUACAUCUACCGUAACACCAAAGUUUGGCCAGGACAAGCUUUUGGAGAACACCGGAAUAAAACACAACCAGAAGCAUCUCUCGCGAUCGAAAAGUACCUUGAGCCUCCAAAAUAUUGAUGGAGCGAGGCAUUCUAUGUUGGAAAGAACCCUUCAAAGUGGAUUUGUGGGAUUAAGGGGUCGACCAUUUACAGUAUCUAAGGUUGGGAAUAAUGGCAAGAUAUACUUGCGUCCUAAAAUUCUUCCUGUGAGAGAAUCAUUAUCAUUAUCUUCAAAUUUCACUCUCUUUUCACCUAAAAUAGCUGAUGACAAUACUCCUACACCAUUCACUCAUCUCAACAAGUCUCAAAAUGAUAAUUCAGCAAAAUCCAUUCCAAGUUCCGACCUUCACAACAUUUCAAGAGACUCAAAAUUCACAAAUACACGCACAGAAAUACCGUCACUAUCUCUUUCUAUCCCUGGCAAAUAUGCAUUGGAAUCAGAUGAGCCCAAUAAAUAUACAGGGAAAUCUGAUAAAAAAAGCACUCACAAGCACUCUAACAAAACAAACUCAGUACAGUCCCCCACUCUGCAGGUAUCCAUACCAUCAUAUAGCCUUGGUUUCGAUCCUAUCGAUUGUUCUGACCCUCAACAACCUGACAGCUCUAUCCCAAGCAAAAUUUCUUCAGAAAAUACAGAAAGCUUGGCUGAUGUCAGCUCAUCUACAUUGUGUCAUUUCUCUUCGAAACGAGAGUCUGAGACUUAUGCGCUACCCGACUUCUCCAACUUUGUGGACUUGGACCAGCUUGAUAAUGCAUCACUGCAGCAGGAAGUUAUAUCACGAGGCUUUAGUAUAGUUCCUGAAAUGUUUGAUAAGCUGAUGCUUAGACCUCUCUGUGAACACCCAACUGUCGUCCAAUACACAGCAGCCCGACAAAUCUCAGCUGCAACUCCUGCUCGUCUAAUAGCGGAAAUCACUUCACCCAGUUUUGUCGAUUACAAUCUAUUAUCGGAUUUUUUUCUAACCUUUCGCUCUUUUUUAGGAACCUCACAGUUGUUAAAAAUGCUAAUUGCGCGUCUUAAAUGGGCUCUGCUUAAAAAAGAUUCCACUGGGACUAUCGUCAGGGUUAGAACUUUUGUUGCAUUGAGACAUUGGCUCCUAAAUUAUUUUGUUGACGACUUUCUGAUGGAUUUAGAGUUACGUAAGCUAUUUUGUGAACUACUAAAUGAUUUUGUUGACCAGAUCAAACAAAAUCCCCAGCAAUCUCAAAUUCCCUUUCAAAUAACCGGAGAGCUUAAAAAGUGUUGGAGGAUAGUAUGCGCCACGUUCUGGGACAGUGCCGAUUCUUUUGUGGAGAUGGGCCCCUUGGCUCCUAUAUUUCCAGGCGAAUAUUUUGAUCCCAGUAUACCAAAGAUUGGACCAAAAAUCUGGACAAGCUGCCACAGCAAAAAUGCAAUCGACGAAUCGGAACCGAUCUCCCAGGAGAUAAGAAUAUUAAAUGAAAAUUCUCAAUUUGAAUCACCACAAUUAAACGGUGAAGAAUUUCAGUUUUUGUCACAUCAUUCCGAAAAACUCAACUUGCGAAGUGAAGAGAAACCGAAUUUACCUAAAAUCCUGAUCAGCGACGAUGAAGCCCAUUUCAAUACAGAUUAUCUGGAUUCGGAAAGUUUAAAUCAUUUUAGCUCUUACCCCACGCCUUAUAAACCAAACCAUGAGCCUAAUAAUAAUCCUUCUCACAGAAAAAACAAUGAGCUGCGCGCCUGGAACUUUAAGCAGAAUGCUAGAUUUUCCGAUUCCUAUAGGGGCUGUAGUCUCUCAAUAUUCCCACCUCGCAAAAUAAGGCACCAUAGUACCGAGCUCCUCACAACAUUCCCACCUGCUAGUGCUAUUUUAAGGGCCAACUUAUUCCCUCCUGGCCAGCCAUUUGUAGACGUGAAAACUUCUCUAACACCGACAGGAAGUAUAAAAGAAAUCAUGAUUCCUCAUGGUGCUAGAGUUAACCAUAGGAGUGCAUCUGCAAUUUCGGGACCCGGUAUGAAAAGAUUACUCGGAAAUAUGCGACGAGCUCUCAGAGAUAGAGCCGGUCAGGUUGCUAGCUCGCAGCAUAUCCAGGGAUGUCUCCCUCACGUCUCUCCGCACGUCAAUCGAAGUUCCAACAUAAAUGGAGCCCCUGACUUAUCUGAAAGCUUAAAGAGUCACACUCGAAACGUUCCCAGCGAUAUGUCGAUGCGUAUAGAUUUUCUAGGAGUAGAGGUAGCUAAAGACUUCAAAGAAGCCCUGGAAGAAGGCUCUGAGACGAGAAACAGUGAUAAAAUAUAUCAAGAGUUGAAGCUUACCCAGCACACUGCCAAAGAAUCGGGUCCUCAAGACACAAUAUUCAAAUCAUUUAUUGGCUCGCAAUCGUCUCUUCUCGCAAUUGGCAGCGUUGAAAAUUUCAUCGAGAACUCUAACGAGACACUCUCAUCUCCCUCUACAAACAAAUUUCUUCCACCAAUUCCGUUAGUAACAGCAGAAUCUCUUGACAGCCCCACGCUGAAGACACGCCCGAAUACUCGUUUGCAGCCUUCAUGUGGACCUACACCACCCGUCACACCUCCCAAUCAAUCUCCAAGUUCAUUUAUGGGUAUCACAACUCCAAAUUUUCAGAAUAUAUUCGAUCGAUCUGCCUGGGAUCAAACUCUCUCUGUAGAGAAUAAUUUAUCUCAUUAUAAUGAUUCAGAUCUUCGGGAAGAUCAAAAGACUUCUGACCAAUCAAUGAGGGCUAUUAGUGUUAGUCAAGCUCUGGAAACACCUACAACAAACUCUGCAAAAUCUCGUAAGCAACUGACAUCAUUUCAAAGUAAUCAUACAAGAUGGACGCAUGAGCGAAGCUUUGAUGCUACAACUAUCUCGGGAUCUGAAUUUGGAGAUCACGAGCAAAUUUUAGACCUGACCUCUAUUCCUUCACUCCUCAGACCUCUUCGAAGACGACCUGGGUGUAAUCUACGUUCAAUAAACAAUUUGGAGGCGCCCGGAACAAAUCUUCGUGAUGCAGCCAGCUCUACAGACUCAUGGGCUUCUGAAGUCUCGAAAAGCCUUUACUCAUUGCAUCCAAGUAACAGCCAGUAUGACGAUGGAGUAGAAAACCCCGGCCGGAAUGUCUCGCUAGGACAACUAGCUGGGUCGCACCAAGAGGUCAUCAAUUCAACAUUUGCUGCGCCGGAGUCGAUGGAAAAUGGAGCUUAUAUUCUCGCGCAGAUACCGGACGAUGAUGACGACGACGGAGGUAUAGAAUCUACUCUGCUAAAGUUAGAAGGAAGGUUUCAAAAACGUAAGCAUGAGGGUGCUAGAAACAAAAAUUCGGUUUACACCCGUCGUGAUACGCAUCUGAACACGCUCAGUACUUUUUCACCAUUGCCGGCCAAGGAAGAAGGGGGAAGAGAAAUUAAAUCAAUCCCAGAUUUGAAAACUGAUUCGAAAAAAUUCAUAUCUACCUCAGACCAUCCACAAUUUAUUCCGGAUAUGGAUAAAUUACGCCAAGGCUUUGAUGCCUCGUCCCCCUGUCUCUCACAUGUUGAAAAAUAUACUCGGUCUAUAGAAUCCCGAAGCUUAUAUUCCAGGCCAGAAAAGGAUACAAGCUGCUAUGACCACCUCUCAGAUUAUGGCUCGCGUGAGGCAUUUGGUCUAGAACGACAUGAACAAAUCACCAGUAACAUACUCCACACACCAGAGCUCUCGCAUGGUAAUACUUCAGACUCGGCACUCGAGUCCGAUGAGGUUGAUGAACAUCAAUCCAAGGCAAGCACUAUUGAUUCACUAUCUUGGGCUCACACUGAUGAUAAAGAUUUAAUCUCUCUAAAAUUUUGGGAAAACCCAUCCCCAAAUGAAUAUAAUAACUUUGAUUUGAAGUCCACUACCGAAAGUUUGUUCUCCCCUACAGAAAAUUGUAUUAAACCCAAAGAGUACGCGCACCCUCUUUUCGAACCUCUCUCGUCAUCAAUAAAAAUGCCACAAGCUCUAGAAAUUUCUCCGGAAGCUUCUUAUUUUCAUUCCGGGCUAAAAAUUCACGAGUCCAUGGUUCCUGAGGACAGUCCUGCUAUUUCAUUCGACAAAGAAACAGAGAUUAGGCCCUCAAAACAUCCAAUAAAUCCACUCAGGUCGCAUCGUAUAACUGAGUCAUACAGAAAAAUGCCACCACACAUGCCAUUUAUCCUUGCUCAUGACUCGGAAAUUUUGGCACAGCAGUUUACACUUGUUGAAAAAGAUGCACUCAAUGAGAUAGACUGGAAAGAUCUUAUAGAAAUUCAAUGCGGGAAUCCUCCAAGUGAAAUAAGAUCUUGGGUUAAAUUUCUUAGGUCGAAGAGUUCUCCACAAGGGAUUGAGAUUAUUAUGACACGAUUCAAUCUUAUGGUGAAAUGGGCAAUUUCUGAAUGUAUUCUAAUUCAGAAUCUAAAUAAGCGCGUAGACUGUUUGGUUAAAUUGAUUCAUAUUGCAGAAAUCUGUAGGAAACGACGAAAUUUUGCAACAAUGACGCAAAUAACAACAGCUUUGAUCAGCCGAGACCUUACCGAGCUCACACAUACAUGGUCACAUAUUUCAUCUCCCGAUAUUCGGAUCCUUGAGGAACUCAAGACCCUUAUAUUACCUUCUCAAAAUUUUCAUAAUCUUCGCGCUGAAAUGGAAGGUGCUAGCGUCGAUCAGGGCUGUAUUCCCUUUCUUGGGAUUUACAUCGAAGAAUUGGCUUUGAAUCAUCAAAAUCCCAUCUUCAUGGAGAAUUCGUCAACAAUGGAACCCUUGGUGAAUUUUGAGAGAUGCCGCACAGACGCCAUGAUCAUCAAAACCCUACUACGGCUUAUUGAAGCAAGCCAACGAUAUGAAUUUUCACCCAUCGAAGGUGUCAUCGAGAGAUGUAUAUGGAUAGCGGCUUUAAGCGAUGAAGAGAUAGCAAAUUAUAGAAAGCUAAUCCAAGGCUAA